UGACGUCAAAGGUAUAAGCCUGUCGGUCCUCGCCUGAUGCCACAGAAGAAAGGAACUUUCUUCUCGGUUGGAGCAGUAUAAAAUUUUGGCAACUUUGUCAAUACUUUAGAUUUUCUCUUUGGGUUAUUCCAGUCCACUAAACGGUUUCAUCCAGCUUUUGCCAUGAUGCAGCUCAGCAACGAAACACCGUGCAACAAGCACUCGCUGCUCAACGUCAUGAACCGGUUCAUUGCAGCUGCCAACAACAUGGACGAGACCAUCAUGGUGCCAAACUUACUGCGGGACGUGCCUCUGGAGGACAGAGGCAGCCAAGCCUCUGUUAGUCACAAUAACAAUGAGCCGUCUUUCCCCAUUAAACGGAGGGACAUGUACGAGCACUACCUGCUGCUUAAGUCCAUCAAGAAUGACAUGGAGUGGGGCCUGCUGAAGAGGGAGAUGGGCGGCAGCUUUCUGGAGAUGACCGUGAAGCAUGAAGAGCUGCAGGUGAAUGAAGGAGCUGCAGAGGAAGGCUCUGACCUGGAGGGCCAGUUCCACUACCACCUCCAUGGACUGUUUGCCAUUCUGUCCAAGUUGACAGUCCAAGCUGACGAUCUCACAAAUCGUUACAAGAGAGAAAUUGGUGGAGGUAGCCUGUUGAGAUAAGAUUGAUUGGUUUAGAGUAAUAUGGACUAUUUUUGAACUGUUGGACUGGGAAGUGAAUGGAUAGCAGUGGUCUUAAAGGGCUUUAGACUCCUCUCUGCCAUCAAAAAAGGGUUUCUUGCCCAAAUCUGUUGUCCCGUGGCCUGUUCUGGUGGUAUCCAGUACUUUCAGAAAGUUUCCUUUUAGACCUUAAAGGGCUAUGAGAGUAAUGAGGUUUUUAUACUGACCAUUUCAGCAGCAUACAUCAAUUCCAGUUUAGGCUUUAGUUUUGGGUUUUGUUUUAAAUCUCUAUGCCAGGACCGAAAGCCCUUGACAUUUUCAUUUAAAGCAGUAGAAGAAUGUGAAUGCUGGUAAUUCAGUUCUUUCUAUUACCCAGCCAAUGCGUUUUGAGGGGAUUUUUAUGUAUUAAUGCUGCUCUUGUGCACAUGUCCAUGUUAAAUGGUGUGCCUUCUGUUUUCAUUUCCCACUUGUGCUGUUCUCAAGUAUGUAUGCUUGUUAUGCGUCGUAUUUGUUUGUACUGGGUCCAUAUGAGUCUGUAUGCCACUUGUAUUUUGUUUUUCUGGUUUGUCAUAAAAGAUUUCAAAUUUUAUAUCCUACUGUAAUAAUAUAGUGACUUAAUAAAUGAAGCAUUAACUUUAA